UUCUCCACUGAUUCCCCUCAGUCUUGUUCAUAGAGUCACAACGAGAACAUGCUGUCUGUCUACGCGAUUCUCGCUACCUUGGCCGUGACCUUUCCCGGUCAUUUUAGUGCGGAAAUCGGUUCUAAUUGCAAUCUUCCCUUCAAACCAGUGCCUUAUGGAUUUUUCGCGCCACUAAUUUAUGGGGCUGAUGAGAAAUUUUCUGAAGCUUCAACCAAUGAGAGCACCCUGCUAGAGCCUCAGGAGAGUGUGACGUUGUCCUGUGAACCAGGAUAUUUUAAAUCUUACCCCAAAACAAGGACACUCAAAGCGAAAUGCAUUGGAGGAGAAGAAUUACAACUCGAGGAUGGUUCCAAAGAGCAGUGGAGUAAGAACUUUGCAUGCGAUUUACGUCCCGUUGAGGAGGUCCUCACACCCAAUAUCCCUGGAUGUCCUCCGGAGGCUGAAGGCACUGAAUUUGGUUACAUUAAUCCCUUCACGAAGAAAUCCAUCAUCAUCGGGGAGGCCUGCUACAACGUCACCAAAGGACAGAUAAUCUUUGUUCAUGCCAAAACCCAUCCAGGGCUAAAGAUUGAAGAUCAAAAUUACCUCCAGAGAGGUUCUCAUCCAGAAUCGAGGAAUAAGUUGGAAUUCUUCAAGGCUCUGCGCUACGAUGCUAUUUAUGAUCGCUUCAAGAAUGUCUUUGGACCACCGGAGAAGGUUCUCAGGAUAAUCUACAGAUCCCUCCUAACUGCCCAAAUGCUUUCCCUGCCACAGUUGCAUCUCGUCAACAGGCUCACCUGGAACUAUGCAAUUUCCCACGAUGAUGAAUCCCUCGCCGGCUGGACCGCUCUCCGGGAUGGUGUGGAAAAGUUCACAGCAGAAAAUGCAGCAGCUGAUGUGUGGGUUGGAACUUCCGGUGUUGCAAAAGUAGUUGAUGUAGCAGGAACUGCGUGGGAUUUCUACCUGCAACACCCCAAAUUCCCCGUCCCAAAGUACCAUUGGAUAAUCGUUAAAGUGAACAAUAAGGCAACGGGCUUCCUAUUCUACAAUAUCCCCCCUUUUCUUAACACUCGCAGCUAUGGCAAUGAAGAACCAAAAAUCCUCGAAAAAAUCUGUCAGAGGAAGUGCAAGGAGUUCUCAUGGCUCGAAGGAGUUGAGGGGAUCAGGUGUUGCUCUGUGGAGGAAAUGCGUCAAGUUAUCCCGGAAAUUCCUCCCAUUUCGGGAAUUUUAGGGGAAUUGCCUCCCAAGCAGGAAGCCCCACAAGGAGAGAGCAUGAUUUCCUAAGGACUUGCUGAAUUCUUAUUCUUUAUUAUCCUUUUUACGAUAAAAUAAUUUGAGAUUGUUUUUAAUGUAGAAAUUUGCAGAAAUUACUUACCUUUUAAGAUUCAUCCAAUAUGAUUCUCAUUUUCAAUUUGAUUUAACACUUUUUAGUAAAAAUAAAAUUGUAAAGAAAAUAA